CUAGCAUUCCAACGGUUAAGGCAUCCGCCACGACCACCGCCCUUCCAGAAGUUUCCACUACAAUGGCAGCGUCUCUCUCGCCAGUCGCACCAUUCACCGGCGGUGGCGCCGCCGCUAACAAAAUUUCUAUUCAUGUCCAAUCACCGGGCGUCAUCGCAAUAGUGCCUCGAAGAUGCAAUCCUCUCCGUGCCAAAUCGAUUGUUGAAGAUUCAAUCCCUAAGAGGUUCGUCAGUGCCUACGCAGUCUCCGGUUCCGCAGCAGGAGCUGACACUUCGUCCAUGGUUGAGGGUACUUAUGACUCACUGGACAGUGUUCUAGUGUAUGACUUGAAUGGGAAUGAAGUUCGGAUUUCUGAUCUAUGGAAAGAAAGGAAAGCUGUGGUUGCAUUUGCUCGUCAUUUCGGAUGUGUGCUCUGUCGAAAAAGAGCAGACUACCUCGCAGCCGUGAAGGACAAGAUGGAUGCAGCUGGGGUGUCACUUGUUUUGAUUGGCCCUGGUAGUAUUGAUCAGGCAAGAAAAUUCUCUGAGCAAACAAAGUUCAAAGGGGAGGUAUAUGCAGACCCUAGCCAUUCAUCAUAUAAGGCACUAAACUUGGUAUCCGGUGUCUCCACCACAUUUACUCCUGGGGCAGGUUUGAAAAUAAUACAAGCAUAUGUUGAAGGAUAUCGGCAAGACUGGGCGCUCUCCUUCGAGAAGGAUACGAGGACAAGAGGUGGAUGGCAGCAGGGAGGCAUCAUUGUUGCUGGCCCGGGUAAAAAUAACAUCUCCUAUCUCCACAAGGACAAAGAAGCUGGAGAUGAUCCAAACAUAGAUGAGAUUUUGAAGGCCUGUUGUUUGCAAGGCAGCUGAGAUAAGUAGUUGUCUCUUCAUGCAACAUUCUGUGUAUUGUUAUUUUUAUAUACUGAUUUAAUAUUUUUAUAAAUAAUACUUAUAAUCAUAUAUAUAUAUAUUAUAUAUUAUCAUA